AUGCCCCCUCAGACACCGCUGUCGCCGGCCCGGCCCAUCUCAUCACGCACAUUCAACCUCCCCUCUAGCUCCUCGUCGUCAGAUGCCGAAGAUGACGACCCCAACGCGCUCCCGUUCCCAACGGCGCUACCGCGUACCGACUUCCUGUCGCCCGACUUCGACGCAGCCGAGUACCUCUCUUCGCUGCCGCACCGCCAUCAGACCCUGGAAGACCUGCGCUCAGACCUGAGGGAACGGAGUGCUGCAAUAUCAGCCGAGCUGCUAGAGCUGGUCAACGCCAACUACACGAGCUUCUUGAGCUUGGGGAGCGAGCUCAAAGGCGGCGAGGAGAGGGUUGAGGAUGUAAGAGUAGGGCUGCUCGGCUUCCGACGCGCAGUAGAAGAGGUCAAGGGCCGCGUGGGAGAGCGAGGGCGGGAGGCAGGCAAGCUAAACCAGGACCUGACCGACGUGCGGAGAGACAUCGAGGCUGGGCGGCGCAUACUGGAAUUCAACGACAGGCUGGAAGAAUUGGAGAGCAGGCUGGCCAUCAGCGGAGCUGCCGAGCCUGAUAGCGACGAGAGUGAAGAUGAGGACGAGGAGAGCAGCGACAUCAUAGGCACAAGUGCCGCCAAGCUUGCCGGCCUCGCCAAGGACUACGCAAGCCUCGACAACCUGGCGGACAUAAUAGGGCGAGAUGUGCCCCUGAUCAAGAAAGCGACAGAGAGAAUGUCCAAAUGCCGAAGCACAAUACUACUCGAUCUUGGGACGGCGCUGAAGGAGUCCAAGAAGGCAGGUGCCGCAGGCCAAAGCAAGCUGCUGAAGCUAAUGGCCGUGUAUAACCUGAUGGAUGCGCAGCUCGAAGCAAUAAAGGUCUUGAAGGGGACUUGA